AUGCCUCGACAUUCUCGCCACAAUACAGUCUUGUCGGACGACGACGACGAUGAAGAGCUCGUCGAGAUGCCACAACCAAAAAGACGGUGUCGGUCCCGAGAUCAUAUCUCUGAUAUUGAGCUAUUUGACGAGCGUACCCGGGGCCAGCGUGGACAUCGACGUCCUUCCUCCAAGCAGGCUAGUAAUGAGCGUGACGCGGCGGAGGAGCAGAUCAGAAAAUUGACCCGUCAGCUAGCUAAGGCGAAAAGAGAUGUCGCCAGAGAACGGAAUGCCUUCCAGGACGAGGACGAGAACUCCCUCGAGAGUCAGGAUGAUGAGGACAUGGCGCCGUGGACGGUCUCGACUCAGCCUAUCGCGACCUUCGCCCUGGAUGAAGACCAGCCGAGACGCCCAUACAUCAAGCGCGGAACGAAGCGCACCCCUCCCGUCCCCACAUACACUCGUGCAGGUUCUUCAUCGACCCAUACUACGACCACCAACACCCUGGGGCCUCAGGGCGACACACCAUCUGCUUUUCGUGCUCUGCCGUCCAUCGUUUCCUCCCCGGCCACUCAUGAACCCGCACAAUCGAUAUCUCCUCAGGGGCAGUCAUCCGAAACUGAGGGAGCCGAGCCGAACCCUCCAACACGGCAAACGAACCCUGCUUCAAACGAUGUACGGGACGACGAUGUUACAGAAGUAAACAAUGCACCUGACAAUGUGUCUCAUGCAAACCCUGAACGCCAGACAGAUAUGUCCGCACCCCGUCCUCCGACGGUAGAAACCCAACAGGCAGCAGGUACACCAAAGAAGGUCCUCACGCCGAAGUUCAAGGCGGGACAAAAGCCCUCUGGUACCCUGAAGGCAGGUGACUAUGAGGAUGCUGUCAGGGCGGCGAUAAUCUCUGCCAUUCGCUAUUACGAGGCCGAGAUCAUGACUCGCAAUGCAUACGCAUGCGACGCUGAUCGUGUACGGUGGGCCUCGGAGGCCUGGCAGUACGUAUUUGAGAAGGCUGACGCUAUGUACGAGUUGACGAGUGCAAUAAGCGGACUGAUCAAGGGACGCGAUCCCCAAGCACGUAAGUUUGUCAAGGAUGCUGCCCGUGAAGGCGUGAAGACCUACGGUUUCUCGGAUGACAAGACGGCUGCGGAGAACAAGGAGAUCUAUGAGCGUAUCAAGAACGGAUUUCAUUACAAGGAUCCCGUAGAACAGCACGGUUAUGGCGAGAACCAUGCAAUCAUCAGAACGAUGCGUCUGGCAUGGUUUACCCGCAGCGAGAAGACUAACAUAGCCGUUAAGUUUCCCUCAUUCUUCAAACCGGUACCUCUCCCGGCACUGGCUAUCAUCUUUACCAUGGUCGAGUUCGCCAUCGACGAGUGGUCUACAGGGGAAUUCAAACCCGAGGAUCUGUCGCAGGACGUUCAGUGUGAGUUGUAUCGUGCUCACCUCGCAAAGCUUCGUGAAUGGGCUUCCCUCAACGAGCAGUUCAGCACGAACCGACGGAAGAAGCUGUUCGACAAGUGCAUGUGA